AUGGGUUCUCAGGCAAGAUACAACAUGUUCAAGAUAUUCAAUCCCGAGGGCAGUGUGAAGCAGCUGGACUUCAUUCAGCAAACAACGGAGCUUGGGAACACGGUUGUUGGGCUUAGAAACAAAAAUGUUGGUAUCUUGAUAGCCCACAACGAGAAGAGGUCGAAGCUUGCUGACACCCAAAAAAAAGUGUUUUCUAUUGACAAGAGGUCUCUGUUUACGUUUUCUGGAAUUACCAAUGAUGGGCAACAGAUUGUGGACUACUUGAUCGACAAAAGUGUUAGGGAGGAAGUUAUCAAGGGGCGGCCAACACAUUUUCUAGAUGUAUUUGAGGACUUGUUAAGGGAUGCGUUUGAGAGGACAAUAGUUGAUGGAAGAAGGCUUUACGGGGUUUCUGGGCUUUACAUGACGGAGUAUGAAGGGAUAAGGCUGGUUGAGUUCAAUCCAAGGGGAUAUGUUAAAGAGGUCAAGGGAAUGAGCAUAGGGUGCAGGUCACAAUCGUCUAGAACGGUGCUGGAAGCAUACUGUGAGGAGUAUGAGAAGAUGGGUGUCGAGGAGCUGGCGAGGGUUGGGAUUAUGGCUUUGAAGAACGCCCAUCCGGAGGACGGUGUCCUGACCAAUGAAAAUGUCGAGAUAUGGGCUCUUGAGGUUGGUAAGGGUGUAUACAAUAUUGAUUCCGGGAUGUUUUUGAAUUAA